UUAUUGUCUCAAUUCUUUGCAGGUUAUGAAGCACCAAAUCUGAGGAGGCUUGCCGACAAAGUUGCAGCUGCAGGAUACUAUGUGGUGGUUCCUGAUUUUCUUUGUGGUGAUCCUUAUACUACCGAUAAGCCUUUGUCAAUCUGGAUACAAUCUCAUGGAACAGAAAAAGGAUUUGAAGAUGCAAAACAGGUUGUUGCAGCUCUCAAGGAUAGAGGUAUAUCUGCAAUUGGAGCUGCAGGGUUUUGCUGGGGUGCAAAGGUGGUUACUGAGCUUGCUAAGUCUGACAACAUUCAAGCUGCAGUGCUAUUGCACCCAUCAUUUGUCAAGGUUGAUGAUAUGAAAGGUGUGGCUAUAUACUAGAAUCAUCUCCGACCACAUUUAGCUAUUGCUUCUGAUUUUAUACUGAUUUGUUGCAUGUGCACCCAUUUCAUUUUGCAUCCUCAAUGUUACUUGAAUCCUAGAUGUAUACGCAUUUGUUGCAUAUGUUAUUAAUCUCUGAACCAUUGAGAUCUAGAUGAUGUUAGGACCCUGAAAACUUCUUUUACAUGUUUUGUAAUCGUUUACGCCUCAACUCCAUUCUAAUGUGAAUCAUGCUAAUUGUUUUAUGUAUAUCCCUUGGUGCAAUUUGUUUUAACUGUUGUUUGAAUUUUAUGACUUCCUUGAACUGCAUCACUAUGAGAUCCUGAUGGUGUUAACAGGUGAAAAAAAUCAUACGACGGAAGAAGAAAAGGAGAGUUAUUUUAUUAAGUUGAAAAAAGAGAUGUUAAAAUACAAGGAAAUCCUAAUCUAUCUGCAGUAAAAUAGUACUGUAACUCAAAACAAGAAACAUCCUAAUAACUAGGAACUAAAUCAAUCCAACAGCUACAUGCCCAAAGACUAGGAAACUAA